AGUACCACUUUCGAGAGCUUAGCGUCGUCGUUUUGGGGAGGUUUUCUACAGUGUUGCCUUGAUUCGGCAGCACUGCUGCCAGUGUUUUGCGGAGACGAAUCCUGCCUUUUGUCGCUUGUGGACGCUGCUGGAGUUUUAUACCAUAUCCAGCACCGUCAGUGCGGGAGAAAUAGCACGGACCUGCAAUGUUCGAACGUAAGCAAAAGGAGUUGCUGCGAAAUAUCGUCAACAAAGGCUGAGAUUGACAGUGACGUGUGGUGACCUAUGAGAUGCGCAAAGACGGUGCUAAGUGCCAUAUGGAAUGUUUACUGGUGAGGUGACAGUGUUGGAAGCGUCGUCUGGAGACGCUGGCUGAAGCAAGUCUGGCUUGUAUGUUCUGACGUGGACCUUCGUCAUGCCAUCUACAAAGUUCCUUCCACUGCUUCCGAUGGCAUUGAUGCCCUUCUACGCAACGCUGCUGUUCAAGGCUGCGUACCAUAAGGCACCGCUUGUGCGGCUCACGUUUGAAGACGAGUACGAUUACAUAGUGGUAGGUGGUGGUUCAGCCGGUGCCGUGGUGGCUAGUCGCCUUUCCGAAGACCCCGAAGUGAGCGUCCUCCUCCUGGAAGCUGGCCGGGUGCCCAACUUCUUCCUCGACGUGCCACUGCUAGCGGCCGAGAUCCAGCAGACCAAGUUCGACUGGGCCUACCUCACCGUGCCCCAGGAGGCUGCCUGCUUCGGACUAAAGAACAGACAAAGCCGGUGGCCUCGAGGCAAAGUGCUGGGUGGCUCGAGCAUUCUCAACUACAUGCUCUACAUCCGGGGCAACCGACGCGACUACGACCGCUGGGAACAGCAGUUGGGCUGCGAAGGCUGGGGAUGGCGAUCCGUGCUGCCCUACUUCAUCAAGUCCGAGGACAACCGAGAUCCCGUGAUCGCCCACAAUGGUUACCACGGCCGAGGCGGCUACCUCACAGUUUCGACUCCUCCGUACGCGUCUCCACUUGCGCACGCCUUCGUAGAAGCUGGAGAGACAUUGGGCUACCCCAACAUCGACCUCAACGGGCCGUUUCAGACUGGCUUCGCCAUUCCUCAGAGCACCCUCAGGCGAGGCGCCCGCUGCAGCACCGCCAAGGCUUUCCUGGAGCCAUGCAGGGGACGGCCUAACCUGCACAUACUGGUCCGCGCGCAUGUCACCAAGGUUCUGUUCGACGAGAACCGAAGAGCUCGCACGGUGUUGUUCCGGUACCGGCGACUGCAGCGCGCUGUCAGAGCCAGGCAGGAGAUCAUCUUGUCGGCCGGUUCCAUCGGCAGUGCACAACUUCUGAUGCUCUCUGGAGUCGGCCCCCGUCUUCACCUUGAAUCACUCGGUAUUCCGGUGACCAGCGACAUUCCCGUCGGUGAGAACCUGCAGGAUCACAUAGGUGGCGCGGGCAUCAGCUUCAUGAUCAACGACUCUGUGUCCGUUGUGAGGAAGAGAUUCAACCCGAAGACGGCCUUCGACUACUUCAUCAAAGGACAAGGUCCCCUGACUGUACCCGGAGGCGUGGAGGGCAUCGGUUUCGUCCGCACCAAGUACAACGCUCAGCACUCUGACUGGCCUGACGUCGAAGUGCACUUCGUGUCGAGCACUCCAGCCGCCGACGGAGGUCGCACCAUUCGUCGCGUCAUGGGCAUGACAGACGAACUCUUCGACCGUGUGUACCGGCCGUACCUGAACAUGGACGGGUUCACUAUGUACCCGGUGCUGCUGCGGCCAAAGUCCCGAGGCUGGAUCCGGCUACGAUCCACCAAUCCGGACGACUACCCGCUCAUCAAUCCCGGAUACCUGACACGCAUUGAAGACGUACGCACUCUUGUGGAAGGCAUGAAGCAGCUCAUCGCGCUGGGAUACUCGGAGCCUUUCCGCAAGUACGACGCGCGCAUCUUCGAACCGGACUUCCCAGGCUGCGAGCCGUACGCGCCGUACUCGGACGAACACCUGGCGUGCAUCGCUCGCACCUACACGGCUACCAUCUACCAUCCCAGCGGGACGUGCCGCAUGGGACGUCCGGAGCUUCCCACUACGGUCGUAGACCCGCAACUCAGGGUCAAAGGCGUCCUCGGCCUGCGGGUCGUGGAUGCCUCCGUGUUUCCCGAGAUCCCGUCGGGCAACACCAAUGCCCCGGUCAUCAUGGUAGCCGAGAAGGCGUCCGAUAUGAUUCGUCACUCUAGGCGGGUCACGUGGGGUACUAAUUAUUUGAACUGGUGGCUUUCGACGCGCAAGUGAUUACAAACUUGUGUCGUUACUUUAAAGCGAGGCGUGAGGUGGAUACAAAGUCCUUCUGCAGCCUUUCUGCAAUCACCAUUGUGCGUACUUUAAAGGUUCGUGUGCGUACUGUGUCAUAUGAUUUGUCGAGAGGGGUCAGCCUUCGUUUGGUACCCGAGAGGAAGCGCACAGGAAAGGUAAAUGUGAACUUACGCCCCUCGUCAGAAAUGACACGUGUUGUUUCAUGUUUACAAGAAAACUCAAGUCAUAAAUGCUUAGCAAACUUGUUGUGUGCCACAAACGCUGGAUGAAGGAGAUCGAUGCAGGAUGUGCGUGAACUGAUACCCAUUUUCAUAUGCCUUGAAUAUGUACCACAAUGUAUGAUAUCAGCUAGACUAAGCUAGACUGCGUGUUGGUUCGUUUAUAGAAAAUAUUGUGCUGGAAGUGUCUCUUGAAAUAUAUCUAUAUUGACGUGCUCCGAUAAAUAUGUCACAAUUGUUUAGGGCUCAGUUAUUUCAGCCCAAGAUCACAGCGUUGUUCAUUUAAAUGAAACAGUGUUUCGUAUUUUCUUUCGGGAACAUACUUUGUGGCUAUACCAAAGCCCCUCCUUAGAUGUAACUGUUAAAACACGCCCAUAGCUAUCACUGAUGUGCCUCCUCCAAGUGUGCAUCCAAAGCGCAAACGCAAAACCAUUUGUGCAAUGGAACUAUGGCCUUAUUGAGCGCAUUCUAAGACAUUGGCCAAUGCUUAGUUAACUCGAGGCUAGCAUAUUUCUGAUUUUUCUCAAACAGCCCACAAUACCCGGGACGCGAGAGCUGUUUACUCAGAUGUGCUGCAACAGUGACCUGCUACAUACGAGAAGUUACUGUACGUAGAGCGGUAGCAUAGGUACAAUGCGUUGAACGAAAUAGCAGGCGCACAAGGCACUGACACAAGAGGACUGAGAAGGGCGACACAAAAGGCGGUGCUGGGGAAUCCUUCUUUUUCUUGUGUUCGUGCUUUUUACUCUUGCCUUUCUGUAUCAAGGCCUAUACCGAGUUGCUCAGAUUACUGUCCUUUACAAGAACAAGUUUCUGUACCUUUGGAGUGUGUCUGUGUGUAUCAUCUGCUAUUACGUAAUUGUCCGUUUCGUGUUCCUUAAAAACUACAGUGCCAUAAUAAAACACUGAAGACUGCCUUCACGUGGUAGUCCUUGACCAAGUGGUGGCUUCGCUACAGGUGAAUACAACCAGUGAGUCAUUGGCAUGACCACGUGUGUCCACACUGCGUCCGCGUAUGCCGUUAUAUCGCCGACACAAAGCCGAGUGCCCCGCGUUCUGGCGCCAGGGCGGAAAGGGAACAUAUGAAAUGGAAUGGUUUCCGAAAACUUACUCGACACUCACGGUAACAUUAUUCACUGGAAGUUGACAUGUAUCUUCUGCUGUCUGACAAAACCCAGAAAUACCAAGAAGGCAUUCCGGUUUAUGGAGUGAGGAGUAGGUGCAAUUAGGCACUAUGGCGAAAUGCCUUUGCGUCACAAUCGGGAACUCGCGCACUGAGAGUGGCGGCGUGUAGCGCUUCUUAAAGUGCGCCCAUGCUAUCGUCCGGAAGGCAACAGCCUUCCCCCCCCCCCCCCCCCCCCAACCCCAGCUUCUCCAUUCUAUGUCACAAUAAAACGUCAUACGGUGAAAUACGA